AUGUCAAAAUUUCUUCAUAGCAUAUCAAAAAUAAUACCAAUCAGACACAUGUCAACAAGGGCAUCUCUGAUUGCUCCUAGUGUAGUAAACACUCCAGAAUCAAUUCCACCAACCAUUACACAAUCUGUAACAGCAGCUCAUAAACGUAAAUGGCUUCCUAAUAGAUGUGGCGUGGUCGCACAAAAGGUAGGGAUGAAAGCUUAUUUUAAUAAAGAGACUGGUGAAAGAAUGCCAUGCACUGUUCUUCUUCUAGAUAAUGUCGAAGUGCUAUUACACAGAACUAUAAAAGAAAAUGGUUACACCGCUUGUCAAGUUGGUUAUGGGUCCAAAAACCCAGAUAAAGUUACAAGACAAAUGCUUGGACAUUUUGCAAGCCAUAAUGUUAAUCCUAAAGAGCGUGUAUCUGAAUUUAGAGUACGCUCAAAAUCUGGCUUAUUAAAAGUAGGAACAAAUAUCUUACCAAGUUUUUUCAAAGUUGGUCAAUUUGUUGAUUUAAAAUCAGUAAGUAAAGGUAAAGGAUUUGCAGGUGUUAUGAAACGUCAUAAUUUCAAAGGUCAAGGUGCAUCUCAUGGUACAUCUUUAACUCAUAGACAUGGUGGUUCUUAUGGUCAAAACCAAGAUCCAGGUAGAGUCUUACCGGGGAAGAAAAUGCCUGGUAGAAUGGGUGGCAAGCAAGUUACUAUACAGAAUGCAAAGGUUUUGGAAGUCGAUGAUGAAAACGGAGUUAUAUUAGUUAAAGGCCCAGUAGCUGGACCAAAGGGUUCAUAUGUUAAAAUCCAAGAUUCGAUAAAGAAGCCCUUUAAUCCUGCCGAUUUUUAUAACUAG